UAGUCUUACAGAAACCACGCCUAUGUCUACAAUAAGAAGUGGCACAACCGACACCGAUACUGUUAGCGAGGGUAUUGUUAACGUACGUGGUAAUACUGCAGACACUGCUCCUGUUGGUCGAGUGAUAUGGUCCUCGGGUGGCGAGUCUCCCACCAAUAUUGCAUCCAUAAACCUUACAACUACGGCAUCAGACAACCAAAUAAGCACACGCGCACAGGACACACACGCACGACUCCUUGUGUCUCAGUCAUCACUGGUCAACGGUGUGAUAAGGGGGAGUUCAUCACCUAGGCUCAUGGCGUAUGGGGCUGUUGGAUCAGAGAAAGGGAUGGAGAGGUACCGAACGGACACACAGCACAAUUAUGCGGGCCUCGCGGAACGGUCAACCUCUAAUCGCAGUGUUGCAUCAUUAGGCAACGAAAGUCAGAUUCCAACUCAAUAUAUGGACUCCGAAAUAACCGAAGCGGUAGACACAACUGCUUAUACGAACCAACACGAAUCUUAUAGACCUAACGAGUCUCAAACACAAAUGUUAACCCAGCCAAGAAAUUCGCCAUAUCAAACGUAUACUACCAAAAGCACCCAAAGAAACAAUCGAUCAUCUAGCCUUGUGGACCUCAUCUCAACAUUCACGCCUGCGAGGUCUCCGAGGCCAUCCAAGAUCCUACCGACUGUAUCAAAAGUGACGGGCCAGAAAACCAGGCCGCAGGUAGAUGAAGAUCAGGGUGAUGAAUAGAAAUUAGCAAAUAGCAGAGUAGCCAAAGAAAUAUAAAAAUAGUGAGAGUUGGUGUCUCAAUCGCAAGU